AUGCUACCUGAACUAAUCAUUCAUCAAUUAACGAAUCAAAAUCUAAAUGAAUGGUUUACAUGUGCUGAUAUCAAUCAUAAACAAGAGAUUGUUUGUGGAACAGAUCAAGGUAUAAUCUAUCAAACACAUCCAUCAACGAAUGAAAACAGUUCAACAUAUACACAAUUGAUAGGUCAUACAAAACUUGUCUCAGAUAUUUGUUAUUAUGAUCCUGAUGGUAAUUAUGUACUUUCUUGUUCAGCUGAUAAAGAUAUUCGUUUAUGGCGUUCAUUCUCUUCUAAUUGUAUAACAAUCUAUCGUUCUCAUCUUUCACCUGUAUGGUGUUUAGCUGUUCAUCAUAAAACUGAUCGUUUCGCAUCUGGUUCAAUGGAUCAAACUGUUCGUCUUUGGACACCAGAUCGAUUAAAUAUUCUUCGAACAUUUAUCUAUCAUACUGAUGAUGUAAAUACAUUAUCAUUUCAUCCUAAUGGAAAAUAUUUAGCAUCAGGUUCAAACGAUGGUUUAAUUAUAUUAUGGUCUAUUGAACAAGCACAACCAGCACGUAUUCUUAAAUCUUCAUCUAGUAUCGAACAUUUAACAUUUACAUCAGAUGGUAGUUAUCUCAUAUCAAUCAGUUAUAAUAAUGAACAAAAGUCAGAUAAAAUUAGUAUAUGGGAUAUACGUUCAGCAAAUGAAACAUGUAUUAUUCAAAAUAUUCCAAGUCAUCGACGUCUUUUUAAAUCAUGUCAAAUACAAAAUACCAAUAAAUUUCUAACUGGUUUCGAUAAAUCUCUUUUAAUGACUCUUCGACAACGUCGAAAACCUAUUAUUCCUUCUGAAAUAGUACGUGAUUUAGAUGCAUUUGUUAAAGUCGAAAAUGAUUUUAAGCAACCAACAACAACAGGAGGAACAAUUUCGAUCAUUACUAUUAUUGUUGUAAUAUGUUUAAGUAUUAUACAUAUCGUUACAUUUCAAAGUAAUACACUUAAAUAUGAUUAUGAUGUUGAUUGGGAUCAUGAUAGUAAACUUAAAAUUAAUGUUGAUAUGACUGUUGCAAUGAGUUGUGUUUUAAUUGGUUCAGAUGUACUUGAUAUUACAAAUACAAAUCCAAUGGAAAGUGGUAAAUUAGAUGAAGAAGAGACAUGGUUUGAAAUGUCACCUUUACAAAAACAAGCAUUUGAUCGUCUUCAAACUGGAUAUAGAUUAAUACGCGAACAAUAUCAUGCUAUUCAUGAUUUACUUUGGUUAAGUGGCCACACACUCGAACAAUUACCUAAACGAGAAAUUCAAUUAGAACAAAAAACAGAUUCAUGUCGACUUCAUGGUACUUUAGAAGUUAAUAAACUUGCUGGUAAUUUUCACAUUAUUCUUGGAAAAUCAUUUUCAUUUUUUGGUGCUCAUGCACAUAUAAGUCCUAUGGGUGUACAGAACACGGCUAUGAAUUUUUCGCAUCGUAUUGAUCAUCUUUCAUUUGGUUUACCAACACCUGGUCUUAUUCAACCAUUAAAUGGUGAUUUAAAAAUAGCAAAUUCAAGUUCACAAGUUUUUCAAUAUUUUCUUGAAGUUGUUCCAACAGUCGUUCAAACAAGUUAUGCUAAUGUUGAAACAUAUCAAUAUGCAGUUACAGAAAAAACAAGAACUAUUGAUCAUGGUACUGGUAGUCAUGGAAUGCCAGGAAUUUUUAUACGAUAUGAAAUAAGUCCUUUAAAAAUAACUGUUAAAGAAGUUCUUCGUUCAUAUUGGUUAUUAUUAAUUGAAAUCGGUGGAAUUUUUGGCGGUGUUUAUGCAACAUCAGGAAUGAUUCAUAGUUUAAUUAGUAUAAUAUAUGAUGCAAUAUUUAAACAAUGUUCGAAUAAUCAAGUGUCAAAUGAUAUAAAAAGAAAGUCUAUUAAUGAUGAUAAUUCACCAGGGAUUGCUAUUGGUAUAACACCCGAUUCAUCAUCUGUCAUGUAA